GAUAAUAUGCUGACUGAUUAUAUAAACAUGAUGUGUAAAUGAGUGAGUUUACCACAUGCCUUCAGUGAACCUUAACAGUGGUGUUUUAAAACCAAAUCACUAACAUUCGAGAUACGGAAAUGAUUGUGUACUGGAGGGUAUUGCAUUAUUUUCUUCCUCAUUUAUAUGCAAAUGAGUUCAGGAAGUUCGAGUAGGGCCACCUCUACCCGAAAUAUAUUGGGCCGAGCUCGAAAUAAUCAGUAGAUGCACAUGUGAACUUUUAAGGUAAUACACGUGAUCGUCGCGCCAACAGGAGCGCUUAAGGUCGUUAAAGUAAACAAACCGCGCUGCGCUCGAUUUCGAAACGUGACCCUCCCAACCGCUAAGGCAACGCGACGACAAGUUUGCCGACGAGUAAAAAGAAAGGAUAUUUAAUCGAGGAUUUCGACAUGUCUGGAAAGUUCUCACUUCAUGAUAGUACGGUUUCCCUUGGGGUGAAGAGUGCAGACUCCCUAGGUAGUGGUUUACAGAGCAAGGCAGAGGAGGCCGAUGACCCCUGGGAGCUUCCUGAACUGAAAGAUAAUGAAGUGCCUUGGGGAGAGCUCACUGGAUGGGGCAAAGUUGGCCGUGUCACCUGGAUUAUCGUCCGGGUGAUAUUAUUAAUUGGACUGCUCUACAUGUUUAUUUGCUCCUUGGAUUUCCUAAGCUCAGCUUUCAGAUUGUUAGGAGGUAAAAGCGCAGGUGAGGCUUUCGCCCAGGAAGAGUUAUUGGUCAAUCCGGUGGCAGGGUUGAUGAUUGGAGUGCUGGGAACGGUGCUCUUGCAGUCCUCGUCUACCACCACCUCCAUUGUGGUCUCCAUGGUGGCCUCUGGAAUCAUCCCUGUGCAAUCCGCCAUCCCAAUGAUCAUGGGGGCUAAUAUUGGCACGUCCGUUACCAACACCAUCGUGUCACUGGGCCAGAUUUCAGACAGGAGUGAGUUCAUGAGGGCCUUCGCCGGGGCCACAGUCCACGAUAUGUUCAACUGGCUGACCGUCUUGAUUCUGUUCCCUAUUGAGUGCGUUUCUCACAUGCUUUACCAUCUGACCUACGUUAUUGUUAACAGCAUGGAGUUGGUCCAGAACAAAGAUUCCAACCCGGCAUUGCUGAAGGCGCUCACUUCACCCUUUACUAAGCUUAUUGUGGAGGUUGACAAAGGUGUGAUCACAAAGAUCGCCAAGAACGAGGUACCUGCCAAUACCCCCGUGAUCAAACUGAAAUGUAAGACAGGAAACAAAUUAACAGUGAAGUCGGCCGUCUCUGCGUUCACUGGCUGUCCACCAGCAAACGGGACACUGGCUGGUGUAUCUUCGUGGCCUGCCAACGCAACCGACCCGAUGUCUGCCUGUCAGGACAGGACUGUAGAUGGAGACACUUACUGUACCGUCACAAAUUCCACUUGCACUUGGACCUACAUCUACGAGAAAAAAGACGAGAAGGUUGACUGCAAUUACCUUAUGUUCCCGCUGACUAAGAUCUGGUCUGACGCGGCCAUCGGUGCACUGGUCUUGGUUAUUGCCUUGGCCAUCUUGAUAUUUUGCUUGGUCUGCAUCGUGAAGCUUCUCCACUCUCUCCUGCGGGGAAAGAUUGCUAAAAUUGUCAAGAAGACGGUGAACGCAAAUUUCCCAGGUAAACUCGCCUGCCUGACCGGUUACUUGGCUAUCAUAGUUGGGGUUAUUGUUACCAUCCUGGUUCAGAGUUCCUCCAUCUUCACGUCCGCCAUAACUCCUUUGGUCGGCAUCGGCGUCAUCCACAUUGACCGUAUGUACCCCCUAACCCUGGGGGCCAACAUCGGCACCACGGUCACCGCCAUCUUGGCCUCGUUCACACAGAGCAAUGGGUUCGAGCUUGCCUUCCAGGUAGCCAUGUGUCAUCUAUUUUUCAACCUGAUCGGGAUCAUGAUUUGGUACCCUUUCCCGUUCAUGCGCAAGGUCCCCAUUGGUUUGGCCAAAACCCUGGGCGAGAAGACGGCCGGGCACCGUUGGUUCGCCGUCCUCUAUUUGGUCAUCAUGUUCUUCGGAUUUCCCGCGAUGGUCUUCGCACUCUCCAUUCCCGGUUGGCAGUACCUCCUGGGGAUCGGUGGACCCCUGUUGUUGUUCUUCAUCAUCAUCAUCGUCAUCAACGUCAUUCAAGUGAAAAGACCCGGAUGUCUUCCUGCCAAACUGCGCAACUGGGAUUUCUUACCAAUAUGGUGCCAUUCUCUCUCCCCUUAUGACCGCUGGUGCAACUGCUGCAGCUGCUGCACCAAGGAAGUACCCGCUGACGAGAGAGAUCGAGGCAAGGCAGUUGAGGUGAUGGUCGUCGGAGAAGACAACAUCGGGUACAAUUCGUAUGGGGACUAUCCGAAUGGCUCACUGGGUCAGAACAUGGAGAGCACUAACAUGUAACAAACCUGACUACAUCUCUUUACACCUGGCCCCAGUAUCACAAAAAAAAAAUUAAGUCGGUUUCCUGGCUUAGUUGACUUUUAUUUCCAUGAGCGUUCUGUUACACUGCUCCU